AUAUCAGUGGAUGGUAUUUUGACCACUACUGGUUAUACCCAGGAGGACUAUACCAUGUUGGGAUCAGAUGACUUCUUCUACAUUGGGGGGAGUCCCAAUACUGCAGACCUGCCCGGAUCACCCGUCAGCAACAACUUCAUGGGCUGCCUCAAAGACGUGGUGUACAAGAAUAACGACUUCAAGCUAGAACUCUCCCGGCUAGCCAUCGAGCGGGACCCUAAAAUCAGCCUGAACGGAGAUCUUGUUUUCCGCUGUGAGGAUGUGGCCGCCCUGGACCCCGUCACCUUUGAGUCCCCAGAGUCCUUCAUCGCCCUGCCCAAGUGGAACACCAAGAAAACAGGCUCCAUCUCCUUCGACUUCCGCACCACAGAACCCAGCGGCCUGCUCUUGUUUAGCCACGGGCGCACCCAGGGUCCUAAAGAACAGAAACCAGGUCGGGACAUGAAGUCAGACUACUUUGCCAUGGAGCUGUUGGAUGGGUUUCUCUACCUGCUAAUGGACAUGGGAUCUGGGAGUAUCAAGCUGAAGACCAGUAAUAAGAAGGUGAACGAUGGGGAGUGGUGCCAUGUGGACUUCCAGAGGGAAGGGAGGAAAGGCUCCAUCUCAGUGAACAGCCGCAGUAUCCCCUUCAACUCCAACGAGGGCAGUGAGAUCCUAGACCUGGACAGUGACAUGUUCCUGGGAGGUCUCCCCGAGACCCGCUCUGACCUGGUGCUGCCCCCCGAGGUCUGGACCGCCCUGCUCAAUUACGGCUACGUGGGCUGCGUCCGUGACCUCUUCAUCGACGGCAAGAGCCGCGACGUGCGCCGCCUGGCCGAGAUCCAGAGCUCCCCGGGCGUUAGCAGCUUCUGCACCCGCGAGCUGCAGAAGAGGUGUAGCAGCACCCCCUGUGGGAACGGAGGCCUGUGUAAAGAGGGAUGGAACCGCUACAUCUGCGACUGCACCGGCACCGGCUACCUGGGCAGCAACUGUGAAAUCGAGGCGACGGUGCUGAGCUACGACAGCAGCAUGUACCUGAAGAUCCUCAUCCCGGGCACCAUGCACACCGAGGCAGAGGACGUGGCGCUACGGUUCAUGUCCCAAAGGGCCUACGGCCUCCUCAUGGCCACCACCUCCAAAGAGUCCGCCGACACCCUGCGGCUAGAGCUGGACGGUGGCAGGAUCAAGCUGACCGUCAACCUAGGUAGCCAAUGGCAACCCCACCAUGACAACCUCUGAUUUUCUCUUAACCCCUUCCGUCAAGCUCCAUGUCCACCCCGUAAACCUGAGCCUUUGUCUGUCACUGCAAGCCUGCCUCCUGUCUCUGCUUCCCUGGUUAGACCUACUCCUGUAGCCUCUCUGCUCUGUUUCUCCCCUGGUCCCUAUGGAGAUAUAUCUAGCUAAAGGAACAUAAAGGGGUUUGGUUGUUCAGACAGUCUGCCAGUAGAGGGUGCUAUAGACAAUGGUAAAGUCAGAGACAUUAUUGUCCAUAUAUACACUAACAUCUUUCUAAAUUAGUACAAAAAAGAAAGACUGGAAGGCAGUAAUAUAUUGAUGUAUUUUAAAACGAUGACAUGGAAUAAGGAAACAGAAACAUAUUAUUCUACAGCGCUAAGCCUUAAAGGGAUAGGAUCUACUUCCCCAGAGUCGGAUGAACUCGUCAAUCCCAUUUGUAUGUCUCUGCGUCCAGUAUGAAGGAAAUUACAGAUAGUUUUGUGAGCAAAUGCUAACUAGCCGGAGUGUAAUGACUGGAAGUCUAUGGGUAUCUGCAUGCUAGCAGAUACCAUAGACUUCCAGUCAUUGCACAAAUGCUACUUAGCAGUUGCGCUAGAGCUAGUUAGCAGCUUCCUUCAAACUGCAGACAUAAAAAUGGUAUCCAUGAUUCAUCUGACUCUGGGGAAGUAGAUAAAUGGCUUCAUUGCCAACAUCCAGAAGUUUGGACUCCUGGCAGACUGUUGUGACCUAAGGGAGUGAUGGUGCCCACCCCUUUGUCUUCCAUCUUUUAAAGGGAGAGAGCAGGAGCCGGGGAGAAACGGGGCCCAGGUGCACCCUGGGAUACAGGAGUGUGGGCCACCAACUUAGUGACAGGAGGUGGUGGUGGAGAGGAUGGUUCCUCCAAUAAUGCCAUAGCAUAUUCAUCUAUCUCUAUCUUACCCUUCUCUCUCCCUUUCAAUCUCUCUCUCUCUCUCUCGCUUUCACUCUCUACUUUCUCUCUGACUCUUUGUUCAUUUCACUGCCGCCCUCUGGCUCUCUCUCUCUCGCUCUGGCUCUCGAUCAUCUCCCUCUGGCUCUCUCUCUGGCUCUCUCUUUCUCUCUCUCUUUCUCAUCUCUCGCUCUCUCUCUCAUCUCUCUCAUCUCUCUCUCUCAUCUCUCACCUGGCCAAGGCUCAGAAGAUGGAACUUUUCAUCCCUUCAAUGGCCUGUAUGUCUGCGGCCCUUGGAUCAAACAGUCAGAGAGACCGGCUCAGAGUCCAGUGUUGUCCCACAGCUACACACAGCUACACCCACAAAUCCACAAACACACACAUGCACGCACACACACACAGUCGGAGGUCCUGUGACGGCAAUGCUGCUCAGCCCUGCGAGCCUCAGCACCCACACACAUACCCACACACAUCCGCCUUGGCCCAGAACAAUCACGCCCCCCCCUAAACACAUAGCUAAUGAAGCUAAAUGCUAAUCCAUAGUGCUAAUGUGUCCAAAUGAACCAGAUAUUAGUUUACCUCCUCCUAUUAGCUGUCUCCCUAACGUAUCCAAAAUCCCACAAUGCCCAGAGGUGUCAAAUCCACAUCAACAUUUCUAUUCAUAGCUCAUUUGGAGGAAAUUAAUUGGAGGUGGAAUCAUUAUAGAAUCAGAGGAUGAUCUUGGAGAUAUGUUGCUUACCAUUAAGAUAGGCCUAAUUAAAGAUGAGUUAAUUGAUCAAUAUGAAACGGUGUAGAGGGACACACUUUGCACUGAAAAUGUCGACUUGUGAUCAGGGAUGAUGACACUGCAUGAUUAGAUUAUCAAUCUACAAUUAGAUGGUUUUAAAUCAAUCAUUCUGUGUUCUGUGACUAAGACACAGCUGCAUAAAUUACAACAAUGCUCUAAUACUUGCUUUCUUUUUUGACUUUUUAGUCCAAACUCCAUAAAAUCACAUUAGUUAACAUACUGUACACCUCACUCUCACAAGCUGUGAACAAUUUUGUCAUUGACGAAUGGAUAAUCACAUUCAUAUCUGCAGUCGCAAUCCUCCCCCCUAUAACAGUGAGCCUGGUUCCUGGCUGUUUGAGUCAUCUAUUCUGUAGCGGUUGACAGCUCGAGACCACUCCUCAGCCUCAGCCACACGCACACACAGCCUGUCGCCACCAGAGGGCAGAAGAGACCACUAACUCAAUAACAGAGCUCGGCCAUUUUACAAUGUUCUAACAGAGGACAUGCGUUUCAGAGGAAGCUGUGUAGACUAAAGACGAGUGAAAAAGAAUGUUGAGAGCAUAUUCUAGCAUAGCUCUUAGUAUAUCCAGAUGUACAAGUGUGCGCUGUGGCUGGAGUGUGCAGAUCACCCUUUUCCUAAUAUUGCUGCUGUUGGUUUCCAUACCCGAGGGGCUACACAAGGCAAGCUGUUUCUAACCCACAACCACAAAGCCAUGGAGCCAUUGUUUGCACAUGGUUAAGCCAUUUCUGAUAAAAGCUACUAGAGGAAAUAGGAAUAAUGACUCUCUAAAUGACCUCGACUAGCCUGUACCCCAGCACAUUGACUCGGUACCGGUACCCCCUAGAUAUAUCUUUGUUAUUGUUAUGUACAUUUAUUGUGAUACUUUUUGAUUGAUUAAAUUAUUAAUUUUUUACUUUAGUUUAUUUAGUAAAUAUUUUCUUAACUCUAUUUCUCGAACUAUUUUUAUUAUUUAUUAUUUUGCCUAUCUAACGGGUAGUCCAUCACAAGGUAUCAAGAAUCUAAUUAAUGUAUAAUGUACAUUUAUCAUCCUCAACCUAUUGAAUUGGCAUUGUCCCCUUGCCAUUAAGUGGGCCUACAGUGAUAUAUAUAUAGAGAGAGAGCUUUAUUGUAUCAAGGAUUGAGGGAAUAGCUUGCCUUCUGUAGUGCAUUGGGACUGGGUGGGUUUUGAAGGGUGGAUGGUGGGAGGGGUGGAUGGUGAGGGGAUGAUG